GUUUGUCCCUUAAUUGUGACUGGAGUGCAUAUGCACAUCCAAGGGGCUUGUCUAAAAACUCCGAUGAAACAGAGGGAGAAGUGGGAAGUCAAAAUCCCCCCAAAUGAGUAAAUCAGAUUUUAACUUUGAUCCUGAAUUGGAUCCUGGAUAAGGAAUAGAAUCCUGAAAGAUCCUCUUCCCGGGCUGUCUCUCAGUCUCUACCUUCCCCCAGCCCCAUUCAGGUAAAUUAUAGCGGGGAGCAGCCGUGCAAACCAAAUGUCAUUAUUCAUUUUUCAUAAGAAAGUGAACUUGAAAUUGCCAUUAGCAUCAUUAUUCUGUUUUUGUUUUACAUUAAGGCCAAUUUUAUUUAUCCAGUUUGCCUGAAAGAAGCUGUAGUAAAAAUUGAAAGCGACUGUAACGGGGAGCCAAUAAGCUAACCAUUGACUAGUUUUACUUAUUGGAACCGUCUCUAGCUGGUGCUCGGUCCUCCUCCUCCUGGCAAUCAUUUAUCAGACUGUGGGAGGGGGCCAGCGUUCGGGAGCCUUUCAUAGCCCGUCCUCGGUGCGAGGAAUACAAGGUGGUGUCAGUGACCAGAGAUUAGGACAGUGGAAUUUUGCAUUUGUUACAGCAGCAGCUGUAGCGAGUGGUUUCAGCCGCAGGGCAGAGUCCCCGAGCAGGGCGCGGCUGCAGCUCGGCGGGCGGGCGGAGAAGAGCACGGGGGCGAUCGCGGGGCGGGCGUGGGAGCGGGGCCCGCCGAGGCGGGGCGGGACUCGAGACCGCAGCCCCGGACCUCACAAGCGGAUGCCGGGGCUUCUCCUGGCUGCCCCAGCGCCUGCGGAUCUGUCUGCCAAGGCGCGCUUCCACUCCCAGAGUUUAUUCCUCGUUCCUUCUUCAGUCCUGCUCGUCGGAGGACCCGGUUGCCAUGGUGAAGGAAAAAGUGGCCCACCCUCAGGACCCACACCACCCAUCAGAGAAGCCUGUCAUUCACUGCCAUAAAUGUGGGGAGCCUUGCAAGGGUGAAGUGCUUCGGGUCCAGACCAAACAUUUCCACAUCAAGUGUUUCACCUGCAAAGUGUGUGGCUGUGACCUGGCACAAGGGGGCUUCUUCAUAAAGAACGGAGAGUAUCUCUGCACCCUGGACUACCAGAGGAUGUACGGGACACGCUGCCAUGGCUGUGGGGAGUUCGUGGAGGGCGAAGUGGUGACCGCUCUGGGCAAGACCUACCAUCCCAAUUGCUUUGCUUGUACUAUCUGCAAGCGCCCGUUUCCACCCGGAGACCGAGUCACAUUCAAUGGGAGAGACUGCCUUUGUCAACUCUGUGCACAGCCGAUGUCGUCCAGUCCAAAAGAAACCACCUUCUCCAGCAAUUGUGCCGGCUGCGGAAGAGAUAUCAAGAAUGGGCAGGCGCUGCUGGCGCUGGAUAAGCAGUGGCAUUUGGGGUGCUUUAAAUGCAAGUCCUGCGGGAAGGUCCUCACCGGGGAGUACAUCAGCAAGGAUGGUGCCCCGUACUGUGAAAAGGACUACCAGGGACUCUUUGGGGUGAAAUGUGAGGCGUGUCACCAGUUUAUCACAGGGAAAGUCCUGGAGGCAGGUGACAAACAUUACCACCCCAGCUGUGCACGAUGCAGCAGAUGCAACCAGAUGUUCACAGAAGGAGAGGAAAUGUAUCUUCAAGGUUCCACCGUUUGGCAUCCCGACUGUAAGCAAUCUACGAAGACCGAGGAAAAGCUGCGGCCUACCAGGACAUCCUCGGAAAGUAUUUAUUCUAGACCAGGCUCCAGUAUUCCUGGCUCACCAGGUCAUACUAUCUAUGCAAAAGUAGACAAUGAGAUCCUGGAUUACAAGGAUUUAGCAGCCAUUCCCAAGGUCAAGGCAAUUUAUGACAUUGAACGUCCAGAUCUUAUUACCUAUGAGCCUUUCUACACUUCGGGCUAUGAUGACAAACAGGAGAGACAGAGCCUCGGAGAGUCUCCGAGGACUUUGUCUCCUACUCCAUCAGCAGAAGGGUACCAGGAUGUUCGGGAUCGUAUGAUCCAUCGGUCCACGAGCCAGGGCUCCAUCAACUCCCCUGUGUACAGCCGCCACAGCUACACUCCAACCACGUCGCGCUCUCCCCAGCAUUUCCACAGACCUGAGCUUUUGUCUCCUGGUGUGCAGAGGUUGUCGUACCUGCGCACCAGCAGCCUCAGCCCCACCCACAGCGACUCCCGCCCCAACCCCCCUUUCCGACACCACUUCAUUCCCCAUAUCAAAGGCAAUGAGCCGUCCAGCGGCCGGAACUCCCCUCUCCCUUACCGGCCAGACAGCCGCCCUCUAACUCCAACUUACGCUCAGGCCCCUAAACAUUUCCAUGUUCCAGAUCAAGGAAUCAACAUUUACCGAAAACCACCCAUCUACAAACAGCAUGAUGCAGCUGCCUUGGCAGCCCAGAGCAAGUCCUCAGAAGAUAUCAUCAAGUUUUCCAAGUUCCCAGCAGCCCAGGCACCAGACCCCAGCGAGACACCAAAGAUUGAGACCGACCACUGGCCUGGUCCCCCCUCAUUUGCUGCCGUAGGACCUGACAUGAGACGCAGAUCUAGUGGCAGAGAGGAAGAUGAUGAGGAACUUCUGAGACGCCGGCAGCUUCAAGAAGAGCAAUUAAUGAAGCUUAACUCAGGCCUGGGACAGUUGAUAUUGAAAGAAGAGAUGGAGAAAGAGAGCCGGGAAAGGUCAUCUCUGUUAGCCAGUCGCUAUGAUUCGCCCAUCAACUCAGCUUUGCAUAUUCCAUCAUCUAAAACCGCAUCGCUCCCUGGCUAUGGAAGAAAUGGGCUUCACCGGCCUGUUUCUACCGACUUCGCUCAGUAUAACAGCUAUGGGGAUGUCAGCGGGGGAGUGCGAGAUUACCAGACGCUCCCAGAUGGCCACAUGCCUGCAAUGAGAAUGGACCGAGGAGUGUCUAUGCCCAACAUGUUGGAACCAAAGAUAUUUCCAUAUGAAAUGCUCAUGGUGACCAACAGAGGGCGAAACAAAAUCCUAAGAGAGGUGGACAGAACCAGGCUGGAGCGCCACUUAGCCCCUGAAGUGUUUCGGGAAAUCUUUGGAAUGUCCAUACAGGAGUUUGACAAGUUACCUCUUUGGAGACGCAACGACAUGAAGAAAAAAGCAAAACUCUUCUAAGUCCCACUCAUGAAUGGCAAUUAGAGAAAGGACUGACAGUGGCGGUGCCCCAUAGGAUGUCAUAUUGAGGCCCAAACUUGAUUGGAGAAUUUGCAAACUACCGUCACUCAGCAACACCGAAAAGAGAAAGUCUGGUUAAAACACUCAUGAGUCAAAUGUUGGGCCAGCCAGCAGUAACACUUGCCAAGAAGCAUGGCGUAGAAAUUUCUAUGUUCUGAAACACAGAGUAGUGUCCACAUGUGACCUUUUCACAUUACCUUAUGUAUACAACAGGAGCUGCGUUGUUUUCUUCUUUUUUUUUCCUUUAUCUGUUGUCCAACAACAGUGCUGACUGUCCGGAUAAGAGCCAGCAAGUGCCCUUAGGAUGCCGCAUGGGAAAAAUCGGUUAUCAUAAUUUCAAAGUAUAAAUAUAUUUAUUAUACAGCUCUGCAGCUAAGAAGGAAGAGUGAGGGGUCUGUCCAUGGGGUGGCAGUGAUUUCACACCCGCCUUUCUGGAAUGGCUUCGUGUUACUCACCUGUGCCCUGGCAGGAAUGGAACUCCAUCAGGGUACAGGGCAGCUCUGUUUGAAUGGGGUGAAUAACAGCAAAAUUAAUUCUUAACAAGCUCCUUGUUCUCUACUGUUCACCGGGACCUGGUUGGCAAAUGACUUAGCUAUUAGUAUAUUUAAAAACUGUUCAAAAGCAAAA